AUGGAGUCGACAAAGUUUCCAAAGAGACCCACGCUGCGAUGGGACCAAUACAAGCGACAGGUGCUCUGCUGUUUGUAUCGCUUCUUUUUUUGCAACAAAAAGCAAACUGAAGAAAUAUUCUCCUACAUGUUCCGGGGUCAUCUAAACCAGCGCGGCAUUCAAGGGUUUGUUCCAUUUGCCACCCUCAACACCCAGUGGGUUUGGAUGAAGAACAAACGUGAUCCAGUCUGGUCCCGUGUGCAUAUCAAUACCGCAUUUAAGACUGAUGGCGAGUGGAAGAAAAUUAUUACAGAGAUUAAAUCCGCAGCCAAAACUUUGCGGUUCGAACUCCGCGAGAAGACGGAGGAUGACAACAACAUGUCGCGCUGGAGUUCUCUUGGGUCUGAUGAUGAACGGAGUAUUGCAUCCAAUGGACCCGCCGCGCCAAUGCUUCCGCACUCAUUGUCUACUCCGGAGACUCUCAACCCGAUGGUAUUGGUAUUCCCGAGCCGGGAUCAUGUCUUCAGUGAAAGAUCCAGAGCCAGCCAAAGCAUCGACCAAAGCAUCGAUGAAAACGUCGACCAGACCAUCGACCAGGGGACUGACUUCCAAAAUGGCCUCCACAAUGGACUCCAUACGUCCAACGAGCCGGUCGUCACUAGCCGCGGAAAGCUCUGCCUCUGGUGUGAACAUGAAGGAACCACAUACGAGUCCGAGCACAUCCAGGAACUACAAGAUGAAGACUACGACAGUGAAUAUGAGGAUCAUAGUCAUGAUAACCAGCAUAAUGACCGACAAAACGAUCCUAGCAUGAGAGAGUACACCCAAGGAUUCAAGCAGUUUAUGAGGGAGCUACAUGGCGAAGUCCCAUAUUCGGAUGAAGAAUUGUUUGAUUCAGAGAGCGAGGCGUACCUGAUGACACCCCAUGAAAGCCCCUCAAAAGUGCGCCCAUUUUGCGACCCACACUUGGCCUUGCCUUCAAACCUAGAACAAGAGCCUCUAGGUUCUGAGGAUAAUUCAGAUUGGUGCGCUGACAGAGGAAGCCCAGCUGUUUUGGCUGGUUUUGGGACCCCUUCGAUAUCAAUGGAAAACCAGGGCGGCGCCCUUGACGAUAAGCGAACUUCCACACAAGAGGCUCUGUCCAGCUUCGGUUUUACCCAGACCCACAUGGGUCACGAUGAGGCGCCUGACGACGGCUUCGGUGGUCAGAGGGCGUUGCAGGAUGAAUGGCCCUCAGAUGAUGACAUGAGGGUUGAAAGUCUACGCCAGAUGUCCGUGGAAGCUCUCCGCCUUGUUGAAAACCAGUCAACCACUCACCUUUCUUAUCAGAAGGAAAUAGAUGUCUUGAUGUAUGACGGCAAUACAUGGAAGCAAGUGUAG